GUUCUAAAAAUGAAAAUGAAUUAAUAUUUUUUAUUAAAUUGUCAUAAAGCGACAAAGGGAGAAAGUUGCGAUUUAGAGGAAUUUUCUCUGAUUGGUGGUAUCCUAGCAACAGAAAAAUAAACCUAUGUUGCAUGAGGCUACUAGCUUCUGCCAGAGAAAGUAUGGCUGCCCUGGAGGCUAUGGUACAGAAUGAAGAUGAUACUUUCUUAUCAGAAAAAGAGAAGCCCUCUUUGGUCGCUCAGCACAUAUUAAGCAUUGUAGAAGAUUGUUUCUCUCAAGUCGAGUUUGCAGUAACUCUUCCUGUUUGUGGUGCGUCUGUUCAUGCAGAUGACCCUUUUAAUGGGGCUCUUCAAGCACACAAAAUAUUGGAAAAAAGAUUUGUGAGCCUAAAAGAUGUAAAGCAGGAGUCAGAGGAGGAGCAAGGAAAAAUGUCUGCAAAAGCAGGGAGUAGAGAAAAGCGUAAGCUUAGGCAGGAAAUCAAAAAAUCUGUAAAAGAUAUUCUCAGGCUUUUUAAACCUCACCUGAGUGUCUUGCCAAGUUUACGGGUGGAGCAAGGAGUGGAAUUAAGUCAGGGUGAAAGUUCGUUAAUCAGAGAGCUUAAGAUCUAUCAAAGCCUUGUGGCAAAAAGACUAACAAGUGAGCCUGAAUGGCCUGUGCAAAACAUGCAAGAUUUAAAUUCACAAGAAGAACAAGUUGCUGCAACAUUAAAGCAAGUAAUUGCAGAGUUUUCCCGAUUGUCUGAGGAGAUAAACGGCAUGCAGAGCUACAUCGAUCCGGUUGAGGUGGAAACUGUAAACCAGCCAAUUACACCAGCAUCAGACACAAAGCUGACCAGUUCACGAGACGAAAUCGAUAAGCUUAACAUUCAUCUUUAUAAUCUGAUGCAUGCAAACAAACAGGCAGAAAUGGAGCAGCUGAAAAAAAAUGAAAUAUUAGAAGGGAAGAUUGAAGACUUGCUCCAUAAAUUUGACAAAAACAUGGAAGAAAUUCAGGCCAAGCUGGAGUUGAAUACAAAAGAAUACGAUGAAGUAUUGAAGGAUAUGACGAUGCUGGAGAAACCCUUUCAAGCUUUACAGCUGGAGUGUGACCAGAUUCAUGAGAAGCACCGACUGGCAGAAGAAAAGAAAAAGGAGGAGAUAAGAGAACUGGAACUCAAGACCAAAGCUUCCGUCAUUGUCCAAGCCUGGUGGAGGGGCUGCAGCACUCGGAAGGCCUUGAAGAACAAAGACAAAGGCAAGAAAAAAGGAAAGACUAAGAAAGGAAAAGGCAAGAAGACCAAAUAAACUACUGCAUCAAAAGUAUUUGAUUGUAAAAUAUCAAGGCCUUUUUUUUUGUUUUUUGUUUUUUUUUGUUUUGGGUGUGGGGGAGUGCUUGUAUUGUUGUUCUAUUUUCAGUAAAGUCCUUUUGUCUUUUAUUACAUUUCCAAGAUAGCUUUAGUCCAUGUUUAUUAUAUAGGCUGCAUAAAUCCUCUUAAUUGUACAUUUGCUGUUAUAUUUCUUACUGGCCACAAGGAGGCAAUAUAACCCCCUUUCAUACAACUUGCACUGCUCAAACCAUUUCACAGCAUUGAGGACAACCGAAUCACUUUGAGCUUAAAAUAAAUGAAUAAAAAUAAGGUAAAACAA